AUGGAAGAUUUAUCUGAAGUAUUCGAUAUAUAUGCAAUUUGCGCAUGUUGUAAAGUUCUGAACAGUAAUGAAAAGGCUAGCUGCUUUAGUAAUAAAACUUUUAAGGGACUUGGGAAUGCAGGGGGAUUACCUUGGAAAUGUAAUUCAGUAGAUAUGAAACAUUUUGUUUCUGUUACAUCAUAUGUUAAUGAGAAUAACUAUAUAAGAUUAAAAUGGAAAAGAGAUAAAUAUAUAAAAGAAAAUAAUGUAAAAGUAAAUACUGAUGGAAUACCCUCCAUUGAUAAGUUACAAAAUAUUGUAGUGAUGGGAAAAACAAGCUGGGAAAGUAUCCCAUCAAAAUUUAAACCAUUAGAAAAUAGAAUAAAUAUUAUUUUAUCUAGAACUUUGAAAAAAGAAAAUCUUGCAAAAGAAUAUAGUAAUGUUAUUAUAAUUAAAAGUGUAGAUGAGUUAUUUCCUAUCUUAAAAUGUAUAAAAUAUUAUAAAUGUUUUAUUAUUGGGGGGGCAUCUGUUUAUAAAGAAUUUUUAGAUCGAAAUUUAAUAAAAAAAAUAUAUUUUACAAGAAUAAAUAAUGCUUAUACUUGUGAUCUUUUAUUCCCAGAUAUUAAUGAGGACGUAUUUAAAAUAACGUCAAUUAGUGAUGUAUAUAGUAGUAAUAACACAACUUUAGAUUUUGUAAUUUAUAGUAAGACAAAAGAAAUAAACGAAGAAAUUAAUUCCACUAAUGAAAUAUAUAAUAAUAUAUGUUUAGGUGUGUGUGAUGAAAAAAAUAAAUCUGUUGAUGAUGAAGAUGAUUAUACAUAUUUCAGUUUUAAUAAACAUAAAGAAAAUAUUAAAAUAAAUUCUGAACAUGUUCAUAAUUUUAAAAUAUAUAAUAGUAUAAAAUAUAAAAAUCAUCCUGAAUAUCAAUAUUUAAAUAUUAUAUAUGAUAUAAUAAUGCAUGGAAAUAAACAAGAUGAUAGAACAGGUGUUGGUGUAUUAAGUAAAUUUGGAUAUAUGAUGAAAUUUAAUUUAAGUGAAUAUUUCCCAUUAUUAACAACAAAAAAAUUAUUUGUAAGAGGUAUCAUUGAAGAGUUAUUAUGGUUUAUAAGGGGAGAAACAAAUGGAAAUACAUUAUUAGAAAAAAAUGUAAGAAUAUGGGAAGCUAAUGGGACAAGAGAGUUUUUAGAUAAUAGGAAAUUAUUUCAUAGAGAAGUUAAUGACUUAGGGCCGAUCUAUGGAUUUCAAUGGAGACACUUUGGUGCUGAAUACACAGAUAUGUAUGCUGAUUAUAAAGAUAAAGGUGUUGAUCAGUUAAAAAAUAUUAUCAAUUUAAUUAAAAAUGAUCCGACAUGUAGACGAAUUAUUUUGUGUGCAUGGAAUGUAAAAGAUUUAGAUCAAAUGGCAUUACCUCCUUGUCAUAUUUUAUGUCAAUUUUAUGUUUUUGAUGGAAAAUUAUCAUGUAUUAUGUAUCAACGAUCUUGUGAUUUAGGUCUUGGUGUUCCAUUUAAUAUUGCUUCCUAUUCUAUAUUUACAUAUAUGAUAGCACAAGUAUGUAAUUUACAACCAGCUGAAUUUAUACAUGUAUUAGGAAAUGCUCAUGUUUAUAAUAAUCAUGUUGAAAGUUUAAAAAUUCAGUUAAAUAGAACACCCUAUCCUUUCCCUUCUCUUAAAUUAAAUCCAGAAAUUAAAAAUAUCGAGGAUUUUACAAUUUCUGAUUUUACUGUCCAAAAUUAUGUUCAUCACGAUAAAAUCAGUAUGGAUAUGGCAGCUUAA